GUUUACCAGUUCAUCCUAGACGUACGACUGGACUACCGCAUCAGCUGCCUGCUGUCGAUCUUCAAGAAGGAGUUCGAACAGGCCAGCGACCGAACGGACGCGCUCGCCCGAGCCGACGUCGAGGCCAUAGGGCUCCAGGCUGAAGGCAUCUUUAGCUGCCGGGACGGACUUGACCUGGACGAAUGCGGCGGCCGAAUGGUCCUCCGAGUCCUGCUACAGCUGUGCUCGCAAGGGGCUUCGGCGGCGCUGGUCUCUGGAGCCCUAGCGCUGUUGUUCCGGCACUUCAGCCAGCGGCAAGAAGUGUUGGCUGCCUUCAAGCAGGUCCAACUCUUAGUGUCGGACGCGGAUGUGGAGUCCUACAAGCAGAUCAAAGCGGACCUGGAUCUGCUGCGCCAGAGCGUCGAGAAGUCGGAACUCUGGGUAUUCAACAAAGGACGAGCUGGUAUUCUCGAUGACCAUUCAGGUAUAACAGGCACUGUGGGCCCAGGCGGUGCAGUGCUUGAGAGGAACGCAUCUCUUGACAACGUUCUAGACACCUCUAGAACGACUAAGCAUGACCAUAUGAACGAGUAUAAGAAAAUUAAAGAGAUCCUCCAACGCAUGAUCAAGUACUGCACGCAAGGCAACAGCGGCGCCGGCGACACCGGCCGCCCGCGGCGCCACGAGCAGCGCCUGUUGCGGAACAUCGGCGUCCAUAAUAUCGUCCUUGACUUGCUGCAGGUGCCUCACGACGAGGACGACGCAGACAUGGAUGAGCUGCUAGCCCUGGCGCACGAGUUUCUGCAGCACUUCUGCCACGGCAACCAGCAGAACCAGGCUAUUUUGCACAAGCACCUGGAUCUAUUCCUCAAUGCUGGGAUCAGAGAAGCGCAAACAGUGUGCGCAAUAUUCAAAGACAACGCAACGCUCUGCGCGCACGAGAACAACGAGAAAGUCGUCGGCCAUUUUGUGCACUGCAUAGAGUCGCGCGGCCGCCGCCCGGCCUACCUGCGCUUCUUGCAGACCAUAGUGCACGCCGACGCACAGUACAUCAGGAGGAGCCAGGACCUCGUCAUGCAGGAGAUGGUGAAUGCAGGCGAAGACGUCCUGGUGUUCUACAACGACAAAGCAUCAUUCAACAACUUCAUACAAAUGAUGAGACAAUACAAACUGACCAACGAAAUGCCAGAAGCUUUGACAUACCACAUCCAGCUGGUGAAGCUUCUGACCUGCUGCACCAUGGGAAAGAAUGUGUACACGGAGAUUAAAUGCCACAGUCUGUUGCCGUUAGACGACAUAGUGGCUAUGAUCACACACCCGCAGUGCAUACCAGAGGUGAAAGAAGCCUACGUGGGCUUCCUGAACCACUGCUACAUAGACACAGAGGUCGAGAUGAAGGAAAUAUACUCCAGCAACUACAUGUGGGAUCUGUUCGAGCGGUCCUUCUUGCAGGACAUGCACGCCAUCCUGCAGGACCCUGCGCAGCCGUCGCCAGGUCCGUCGACGUCCACAGCGUCGCCCCGCAAGGCGGCGAGCGCCGGCCAGAAGGCGUGGGUGAACUACGUGACAGACGUGCUCAUGCACACGAUUUGCACGUUCUUCAACUCGCCUUUCAGCGACCAGAGCACCACUGUACAGACCCGGCAGUCGAUAUUCGUCAAGCUGCUGCAGACCACAUUCAGUAUCUACCAGUGCCCGUGGCUCGCGCCGCCGCAAAAGCUCAGCGUGGAAAAGUGCAUACGAACGCUGAGCGAAGUUGCCAAAUCUCGCAGCAUAGCUAUCCCCCUGGAUUUAGAAGCCAAGAUCCAGGCGGUAUUCGAGAAGGCGGCGGCGCUCUCUCGGCAGACCAGCAGGUGGUUGCUGGCUUCCAAAAACUCCAAGCUGGAGAAGAUGGCUUCACAGUCAAACCUACAAAACGAUAGAUCCGUAAUGGAGGGGCUGCAAGAGAUAGUGGCGCUCCUGGAGGAGCAGCUCAGGCCACUGUUGCAGGCCGAGCUGUCGCUGCUCGUGGACAUCCUCUACAAGCCUCACCUGCUCUUCACGAGCCCCGGCGACGUGGCGCAGCCCGACGCCUCCGGCAUCUUCAUCUCCAGAUUGAUUCGUCAUACGGAGAAGCUACUUGAAGAGAAAGAAGAGAAGUUAUGUGUUAAGGUGUUGCGAACACUUCGCGAAAUGAUGGCCGUCGACCCCGAAUAUGGGGAGAAGGGCAAUCAACUUCGUAACAAGCUUCUCUCCCAAUACUUCGUGAACCGCAAAUCUGAGCCCAAAAUCCAGCCUCCCCAACCAUCUCUGACCGUGACCCACGGACCGGGUGCCAAGGUACUCAUGCGAACUGGCCAGACCCUGGCGCAGGUGCAAGCGCACCUUGACAAGGAGGGAGCCUCCGAUCUGGUCGUGGACCUGGUCAUCAAGAGCACCAACCGCCCCGCCAUCUUCCUUGAAGCCAUCCAGCUUGGUAUCGCUCUUUUGGAAGGUGGAAAUCCCAUCAUUCAGCACAGUAUAUUUACCAAACUUCAAAAUGGCGAGAUUUCGCAAGCGUUUUUAAAGGUGUUCUACGACAAAAUGCGAGAAGCUCAGCAAGAGAUUCGCUCUCUGGCGGCGAGCACCACCGCCGCCGCCGGCUCCGACAAACAGCGCACCUCGCACGCCGACAAGCAUAAACAGCCAUCUGUCGACGGUCGUACAACACCAGCCAACCUAGUGGUGGGCGAAGAUAUGGACGAAGAGGUCGCCAACGCUUGCGGAUCCGCCGUGCACGCGUACUCAGACAUACACACUAUGUCUCACGGUACAACAGUUUUAGAAGAGAUAAUGGCAGAAAAGAAGCGCGAAGCAGGAAGCGGCGACGUGUUGCCGGCGAAAGUGUCGGUGAUGCGGCCCAUCCUACGGUUUCUGCAACUGCUUUGCGAGAACCAUAACCCUGACUUGCAGAACCUUCUUCGCAACCAAAACAACAAGUCCAACUACAACCUCGUCUCGGAAACUUUAAUGUUCCUCGACUGCAUAUGCGGCUCCACCACCGGCGGGCUCGGGCUUCUCGGGCUUUACAUCAACGAGGGCAACGUGCAGCUCAUCAACCAGACCCUCGAGACGCUCACCGAGUACUGCCAAGGGCCCUGCCACGACAACCAGAACUGCAUAGCAACGCACGAAAGCAACGGCCUCGACAUAAUAACAGCGCUGAUACUGAACGACAUAAACCCUCUGGGCAAGACUCGCAUGGACCUCGUCCUCGAGCUCAAGAACAACGCCUCCAAACUCCUGCUGGCCAUCAUGGAGUCGCGCAACGACUCCGAGAACAACGCCGAGCGAAUCCUGUACAACAUGAACCCCAAGCAGCUGGUAGAUGUUGCGUGCUCAGCCUUCCAUCAGGAGCACGCUAUGGACGCCGACUCUGACUCCGAAGAUGAUACGCCCGUGCAAGGCGUUUCACCGAAGGAAGUGGGCCACAACAUCUACAUCCUGUGCCACCAGCUGGCCGGCCACAACAAGGAGCUGGCGGCGCUGGUGCGCGCCUCUCCCGCCGGCCACAACGCGCCCGCCCUGCAGUACUACCGUACUCACACGGCGCAGAUAGAGAUAGUGCGCACUGACCGGAGUAUGGAACAGAUAGUGUUCCCUAUCCCGGAGAUCUGCGAGUAUCUGCCGGCCGACAGUAAGCACCGCGUGCUGCAGAGCGCCGAGCGCGACGACCAGGGCAGCAAGGUGGCCGACUUCUUCAACCGCCUCGACAACCUGUUCCACGAGAUGAAGUGGCAGAAGAAGUUGCGCGGGCAACCAUUUCUGUUCUGGGUGUCGUCCUACAUGUCACUCUGGAGCAAUAUAUUGUUCAAUUUCGCCGUUCUUAUCAACGUAAUCGUAGCUUUCUUUUACCCGUUUCAAGACGAAAAUCCCAAGCUGGGCCAGCACCUAUCCCUAGUGGUGUGGUGCGUGGGCGUGGUGGGCGCCGCGCUAGUGACGUGGCUGCCGCGCUCGUCGGGCGUGCGCGCGCUGCUGGCCUCCGCCAUAGUGCGGCUCAUCUACUGCGCCGGGCCCGAGCCUACGCUGUGGGGCCUGGCCAUGCUCACGAUAGUGGUAAAGGGGAUCCACUUGGUGAGCAUAAUGGGCAACCAGGGCACGCUGUCGAAGUCGACGCGGCACGUGCUCACCGACCCGGAGCUUCUCUACCAUAGCGUCUACUUGGUCUUCUGCUUCCUCGGAAUCUGUUGUCAUCCAUUCUUCUUUUCCGUUUUGCUUCUGGACAUUGUGUACCGCGAAGAGACCCUGUUGAACGUAAUGCGCUCAGUGACACGCAACGGGCGGUCGAUCCUACUGACGGCCGUACUGGCGCUGGUGCUGGUCUACAUGUUUUCCAUCGUCGGCUACAUGUUCUUCCGGGACCACUUCCUCGUCAGCGUAGAUCGGCUCGAUGACGACGACGACCCUCGUUUCGGCACCGACGACUGCUCCGGCAGCUCGAAAUACCUCUCUCCUGAAAGCUGCCGGCGCUCGCGCUCGCGCUUCGUGUCGGUGGGCGGCGACCUGCGCGAGCGCAGCUGCGACUCGCUCAUCAUGUGCAUCGUCACCACCCUCAACCAGGGGCUGCGGAACGGCGGCGGCAUCGGGGACAUCCUGCGCGCCCCUGCUAGCUUCGUGAGUGACGUCAUCAUCAUUUCAGCCCCAGGAUCCGCUGCUGAACAUAAGCCUGAAUGCGAGGAGUGCAUAACUGGUCAUUGUAGAAACCUUAGGAAGGUUCCAGCAGUGGACGUCAUUUGACUGAAAUGAACGAAC